AUGGUCGCACUUGUGGAUGACAUAGAGGUUCUCGAUGCACCGGUGGCGGCGGUGGUCGCACUUCUGGGUGAUGUGGAGGGUCUGGCUGUGCUGACCAUCUGGGCUGUGGUGAUCUCUGGGACAACGGCUGACCUGACCUGUGAUACACUGCUCCUGCUGUCCACCAAUCUCACUGCACGUACGUUGGCACUGUGGAAUCUGACCCUCACGCCCAGCAAUGUCACUGCCGGCCUGUUCUGUAACAUGUCCAUCGAUCCCAUCGGUACCUGCUGGCCCAAGAGCACUGCAGGGGAGUGGGUGUCACGGCCAUGUCCAGAGAUGUUCUAUGGUGUCAAAUACAACACCACCAACAAUGUGUACAGAGAAUGCCUUUCCAAUGGGUCCUGGGCCGUGAAAGGCAACUACACCCAGUGUCAAGAGAUUCUCAAUGAGAAAAAGAGCAAGCUGCACUACCACAUAGCCGUGAUCAUAAACUACAUGGGACAUUGUAUCUCUCUGGCAGCCCUGCUGGUGGCCUUCAUCCUCUUUAUGAGGCUGAGGAGUAUCCGCUGCUUGAGGAACAUCAUUCACUGGAACCUGAUCACAGCUUUCAUCCUGAGGAACGCCACUUGGUUCGUCGUACAGCUCACCAUGAACCCUGAGGUGCACGAGAGCAAUGUGUUGUGGUGCCGGCUGGUCACGGCAGCCUAUAACUAUUUCCACGUGACAAACUUCUUCUGGAUGUUUGGGGAGGGCUGCUACCUGCAUACAGCCAUCGUGCUCACCUACUCCACGGACAAGCUACGGAAGUGGAUGUUCAUCUGCAUCGGGUGGUGUAUCCCUCUUCCAAUCAUCAUCGCAUGGGCCAUUGGCAAGCUUUACUACGACAACGAAAAGUGCUGGUUUGGGAAGAAGGCAGGAGUGUACACAGAUUACAUCUACCAGGGCCCAAUGAUCCUGGUGUUGCUGAUCAACUUUAUAUUCCUUUUCAACAUUGUGAGAAUCCUAAUGACUAAGCUGAGAGCCUCCACAACCUCAGAGACAAUACAGUACAGGAAAGCGGUGAAGGCCACUCUGGUGCUGCUGCCUCUCCUGGGCAUCACCUACAUGCUAUUUUUCGUCAACCCGGGAGGGGAGGAUGAGGUCGCCCAAAUAGUCUUCAUCUACUUCAACUCCAUCCUGGAGUCUUUUCAGGGCUUUUUCGUGUCAGUGUUUUAUUGCUUCCUGAACAGCGAGGUGCGUUCUGCGGUUAGGAAGAGAUGGCACCGCUGGCAGGACAAGCAUUCAAUCAGGGCUCGAGUGGCGCGCGCCAUGUCCAUCCCCACAUCGCCCACGCGGGUCAGCUUCCACAGCAUCAAGCAGUCCUCGGCUGUUUGA